CCUCACCAGGGUAGCAGAGCUAGCAUAGUCUCCAUGGCGGCGGCCAAGAUCGCCAUCCUCCUGGUCGCGGCCGCGCUCUUGGCCGCGGCAGGGGCGGCGGACCCCCAACCCCCGCAGCUCUCAACGGAAGCCCAGUGCUGGCCGUGCUACUCCUCCUGCAUGCACACGUGCGACGACGGCCACGGUGGCACCCCCGCCCCCGAUGUCGUCAACUCUACCGAUGGCAGUGCAGUUGGUGUACGCUCCGCCGUCGGCACUCUCGCUGCCAUCCACAAAACCGAGGAUGGUUCAGGCGCCCCCAUUGCCGACGGCUACGACGAGAAAGGUGGCAACAAAGGUGACGGCGAGGAAUACUUCGAGUGCAAGAAGAAGUGCAUCGUCUGUUGCUACAAGGACCUGCCGCCGGUGUGCUACAAGAUGUGCGUCUCCCAGACCUGCCUCGCCCUGCCACCAUGUAUGUGUAAACGAGGGGAUUGCUACAAAGCAUGCGGGAUCAAAUGCUUCCACAACCAGCCGACGCCCACACCUCCUAAGCCCAUGCCACCGCCGCCAUCACCCCCGAAGCCCAUGCCACCGCGGCCGUCGCCCAUUCCACCGAAGCCAUCCCCGCCGAAAGCCGCUGCCAAAGCCACUGGCUACUAG